CAAUUCCAAUUUAAUCUUUGGUUGAUUUCAAUUUUAAUCUUUAGCAGCGAGCUUUGUAAGCGGGAGGGAGUCUGUGACGUGAGGUUUUCCGACAGAAAAAAGAAAUGACUCGAGCAAAUUAAAUUGCCAAAUCCCACCAAAAAGAAAAAAACCCUAAAACACAAAAUCACGAAUCAAUUUGAAAAUUGAAACUGCUGCUGCUAACUAAAUUCAAAUAUUGUUCUUCAUCUGUUCUUCAUUGUUUGCUGGUCUUCAUCUUCACAUCUGUUCGCAAAGCUUCACAUUUGUUCGUUAUUCUUCAUCUCAGUGCGUAUUUAAGGUUAGGAUAAAAUUACUAGCUAUUAACACACAAGUAUGCUUUCUGAGAUUAAGAUUAUACCCCGUGAUCAGGCAGAAAAGGAAAGAGGGGAUGCUUCUAGAGAAAAAAGAAAAAAUUCAAGUGGUAAAAGGGAAAAGGAAAGGAGAAAAAGGAAGAAUUCGUAUAGUAGUAGUUCAGAUGACGAUAUCGGGAAAAUAACGAAAGGGUCUAGGAAGAAGAAGAAGAAAUGGUACUCUUCUGAUGAGUAUUCAUUGGAAGAUUCAGGUAAUAGUGGAAGGGAGGGAAGCUCAGACAAAAAUGAUAAGAAACCCAGUAGCAGAAGAAAGAAUAAGGAAAGAAAACAUCGUAAAAAACGUUACUCGUCUGAGGAGUAUUCUUCUUCGGACUCUGAAGAUGAUGGUCGAAAAAGAAGUGGAAAAGGUGGAAGAAAGAAGAAUAAGGAAAGAGGAGAAAAAGAUGUGGGUUUUGAUUCGCCUGAGGACAGAGAAAUUAUGAGGAAAGAAAUGGGUUUGGAUUGGAUGCUUAGGCCUGCAGACAGGACUGAUAGAAAACCUGCAGUUAAUAUUGAUGACCAGCCGCAGGAACCUCAUACAGAGGAGGUAAAGAGAGUGAAUCCCAGGGAAUUGAACCCAUAUUUGAAGGAUAAUGGAAGUGGCUAUCCAGACGAUGCAGAAGAGCAAAGAGGAGGUGGGCAUCAACUCCCUUCUUCUUCAGUUGUUGGUGAUGGAGGUGCUAGCUGGAGACUGAAAGCGUUGAAACGUGCACAAGAGCAAGCAGCUCGAGAAGGAAGGAAGCUUGAACAGGUUGUAGAGGAAAGAUGGGAUUCUCUUGGUCAAUUGACUGUUUCUGCAGCAUCUCAUACUGUGGCCCCAGCUCGUGCUCAUCUACAUGCCAUAAAAAAUAGAAAGAGGGAGCAAGCAGAAGAAAACCAGACUAAUGUAGACGGCAAAAAUGAGAGAGAUGUAGAGAAGAAUGCUGGUCGAGGAUACUUGAAGGAUUUAUCUGUCCGACAUUCUGAAAUGAGGGCUCCCAAAGCACAUGAUUCCUUGUCUUGGGGAAAGCGAAAAAGUCAAAAGUUGUCUUCUAAUGAUGCAAGCAUCAUCUCUGCUGCAGUAUCGGGCAUGAAUAAGUUUGCUGAUGAUGGAAGCUUCUUGAGCAACAUCCUUAGUCGGCAGAAUGAUCCUGCUAGUUCUGUUAGUUCCCAUAAAAACCAAGAUGAAAAUGUGGAGUCAAAAGUCACUUCGUCUGAAAUGAACAGUCCUAGUGAAGGCAUUGCAACAGCUAAGGAAGCAUUGAGUGCAAACCAGUUGGCAGCUAAGGCUUUGCAGCUUCGAAUAAAAGGAAAGCAUGAAGAAGCUGAUAAACUUAUGGAAGAAGCUAAGAACAUAAAGGUAAAGCAGGGUGCAGGAGAAAUUUUGAGUAGACCUCAGAAGAAUGUGAGCACCAACAGGUAUGUUGCUCAAGAAUUUCCUGCCCGAAGAAAGGAGGAGGAUGCUGAUAGGCAUCUAGCACAAAAGAUAAUCCAGAAUAAACAAUAUAGUUUAUCAGGCCGGGCUGAUGAUGAAUAUGAUUUUGAAGAUGGCCCAAGCAGAAAGUCUAGGAAGAAGACGAUAGGAAAUGAUCAGAAGUCUACAGAGAAGAAUAUUCUUGGAAAGCGCAUCUUGACUCAGCAAGAGCGCUGCCUUUUCUGCUUUGAGAAUCCAAAUAGGCCAAAGCAUCUUGUUGUGUCCAUAGCAAACUUUUCGUAUUUAAUGUUGCCACAGUGGCAGUCAGUUGUUCCGGGUCAUUGCUGUAUCUUACCAAUGCAGCAUGACUCGUCUACAAGAACUGUUGACAAUAACGUAUGGGAAGAAAUUCGCAAUUUUAAGAAAUGCCUUAUAAUGAUGUUUGCAAAGCAAGAAAAGGACUUAGUGUUUCUUGAAACGGUAAUGGGGUUGGCACAACAACGCCGCCAUUGUUUAAUUGAGUGUGUUCCCCUGCCCCGAGAAAUUGCUAAACAGGCCCCUCUUUAUUUCAAAAAGGCAAUUGAUGAAGCUGAAGAUGAGUGGAGUCAACACAAUGCAAAGAAGCUGAUUGAUACAAGUCAAAAGGGGCUACGUGGAUCAAUUCCCAAGGACUUUCCUUACUUCCAUGUUGAGUUUGGUCUAAACAAGGGCUUUGUCCAUGUGAUUGAUGACGAGCAGCAGUUUAAAAGUAGCCUUGGCCUCAAUGUGAUAAGAGGAAUGCUGCGCUUGCCAGAGGAGGACAUGUAUCGCCGUCGAAGGCAUGAAUCAGUGGAUUUGCAAAAGCAGGCUGUUGCUAACUUUGCACGAGAGUGGGAACCUUUUGACUGGACAAAACAGCUUGACUAAAAACUUCCAAACAUAGCAAAGUCCUACUAAUAUUAUUAUGUAACUUUUAGCCUUUUUUUUUUGUCCAAAUUAAUGGUGCUUCUCUUUGUUCUACAUCUCCCAUUAAUAAAUUUGUUGCUUCGUCUUA